UAAGACAAUAGAGAAAGUAACUAUGUUGUCUAGGAUUAUUUAUGAAUUUAUUUGAUUAGUAAUGUUACCAAGUUAAUUUGAUUAAUUCGUGAGAGUAUUAACAUAAAAUCUUUGUUAUUUUAAUCAGUGCAUUUCAACUUCAACUUAUGACUAUUGUGAAUUGUUACAACUAAAUUAGUUCAAGUAGAAACAAUCAUCUAUGGAUACUCCAACUUAUGGUCACAACCCUGUUGAACUAAUGCCGGGGAAGAAAAAAAAUUUAUUGCAAAUCGAUGAUUUUUGGCUGAUAUCUACAUUACAUUCAUACAAUUAUCUUAAUAAUCGUUUUAUAAUUUUCAACUGUCAAUGUUAUCAUAGACACUAUGAUCCAAUCGAUUUCUACGAGAAUAUUUUCAUCAAAAAACAAUCAUAUUUUGCGUGUAUUAUUUCUAAUGAUGACAGCCGCAUACGUCAUAUGUGCUUUCCAAUUAUGCUUGGUUCUAUGAUUGAUUUACACUUACGUCCUCAACAUGAAUUAGAUCCCGAUGUAUUUGGGUGUUUCAUUAUCAAUGGUUCAUUAAAAAUUUUACCUAACUUUCAAACGAAUAACUUAAACUCUUUACAUAUUUAUAGCUAUAAAGAUGAACGGUGUGUCAGGUGGGUCGUAAAAACUAACAGCAAUACAUGCCGCCUAUAUUAUUCUACGGUGAAAUCAGAACAAGUUCUGUGUGAAUUCACCGAAACUUCAAAUUCAGCAAAUACUUCAACUGAUGAUGAUUGUUUCUUUUCAUUCCUAGAGUUUGAUAAAAAUGAUCACAGUGAUACGAAUCGUAAAAAAAAUUUGAACGGAUUACAGAAAGACAAUGAUAAUUGGAUUGACUUCAUCAACCGUGUGAAUCCAUAUAAGUGUAAUGAUAUAACUGUAGAUAAGUACAUUGAUGUAUUUCAGUUAUUAUUGCAAGAUUAUCCACAAAUCGAUGAUUUAGCAAACAAAACUAUUAUUACUGCACCUAUGAUUCUUUAUCGCGUAGUGACUAUGACCAAACAUACAAAAUUAAAACAAAUUUUUGAGAGUGGCAAUCUUUUUUACGUUCUGUCAAAAAAAAAACAUAUGACAUUAAUUAAAGAUUUUGCUAAUAUGUAUUUAAAUAUCGAGGGACAAAAACAUGAUAAAAUUCGAUACAUGUUAGAUCUGACAAAACGUUCGAUCAACCGACAGACAAGAAAUAGCAAAGCUUUGUUAUAUCCACGUGAUGCUGACUAUUUUAUAUGCUAUUUAACAUGUAAGGAAAUGAAAGAUGCAGGUGAGACAAUUAGUUUUGCACAUUAUGUCACUAUCACACUCCCAAUUAAUGAUAGGUUGAUUCAACAAGAAAUAUUCCAGUCGCAUGACUAUGAUACUCCACAUGGUCUCCGCAUAAUUAUUAACGGUUUUUUAACUAACUGUUAUGUUGAUAAUUCUCUAGAUUCUCUAAUUAGCUUCAAACGUCGACUUCCAAUGAUUACAUUUUUUCGCUUAGGUAAUCGAUAUCUAUUUACAUAUACAAAAGGAUAUGUUUUGGUCAAAUAUAGCAGUAAAUAUAAUAUAUUUGUAACACCAUAUGAAGCACAAAAUUUAUUUCCGGAUUGCUUCGAUAAUUAUUCCCAGUUCAGCCGUUUUGGUUGUUUUGCUCGGCAAUUGUCAUCAUCUAUACUAAAGACACCACCACCAAAAUGUACAGUUACUAUUAAUAAUAUACGAGGUGCAUGUAAUGUUCUGAAUAGUCGAUUUAAAGCUCAAGCUUUUCUCACAUCAAUUGGUUAUAAUAGCGCUAUAAUCUAUCAACGUCACGGUGAGAAUGAGUUACUCUCAUCACAUAAGAAAUAUUCAAGAAUAUCAUUAUGUAAAAAGGAUGAUACUGGUGGUGGAGAUAAAUUACUACCAAUUGCUCGAGAAACUCAUAUAGCCUUUGCAUGGUUGAAAUACGCCGAAAGAUUUGACAUAAAACCAAAAAACCAAUCAAUAAUUAACAGUUAUUUUGAAGAGUUAGAUGCAACAAUUUUGAAGUCAAAGCAGUCAGCUAUACCCCGUGACGGUAGUGAAUUUUAUGGUGUUAUUACUGCCAUGAUAGAUCCGAACGCUGAUGCCAGUAAUGAGUUUUACUUACAAUUUUUGAAAAAUGUCUUGCCGAUUAAAUACAUAUUUAUUGACAAUCGUUUUUCUCUUAUUAUGAAUAAUGAUGAAAAUGAAGUUAAUUUGUUACAUCGAGCAACAGUUAAAACUAUUACUAAUAUACCUGAAUACAAGCAAUAUCUCUGGACAUUAAUCAGUAACGAUAACAUGGUCAUACCUCUGUAUAAUUAUACACCAUCAACAUUGGGUAGUAAUGAUAAAAUUUUCAGUUAUUCACCAGAAAUACCAUCAGGUUCACAAAAGGAACCACCACAAAAACGAAAAUAUAAUCGUAAUAGUUACACUAUAACAGCACCUCAAAAACCAUGCAGUAAAUCUUCAAAAACAAAAAGGAUUCAAAAUUCUUCGAUGUUCAAAUCAAUGGAAAUUAUAACAGAUUGCAAAGAUUAUUAUAAUUUAUACACCACUAAAUUAUUCAAUAUAUUAUGUUGCAACGAUUACACAGAUCGUAAUACGAACCAACUAGUGUUGUACUGUGCUUUUGGUGAUGUUGGUGGUGGCUGUAUUGAAGAUGGUAUUAUAUUAGAUGAAACUUUUGUUUCUAAUGCUCCAAAUAAAUUAAUUUCCGUAACAUUAGCAGUAAAAUUUAUGACUCAUGAUAGCGGUUAUAAUGGUAAUGAUAAUAAGUCCAAUAAUUUUCCUAAAAAUCAAUCAGAAAAACCAAAUCCAUCAGAAGAAAAUGAAAUCAAUAUAAAUGCACCUCAAAAAAAUAGAAGAACUUCGAGUAAAUCAUCACAAUCUCUCAAUAUAAAGUAUUCACCUAUAAAUCGUGAAAUAGAUAAAUGCCUUAUCUUUGGAGUGAUAUCAAGCAAUCAAAGAUUACUCACCUUCAAAAGCAAAAAUGUCAACAUUGUAGAAACUAAUUUGAAAACACAUAAUUUUUACGUCAUUUACUGUGUUGAAUUUACUCACUAUAAAAAAACUAUAGAGUCAUACUACAAUGAAAGUACUAACACCUUAAUAAUUCAUUAUCGAUAUAUGAGACCUAUAGGAAUCGAUAUGAAAUUUUGCAACAAACAUGGUCAGAAAGCAAUUGUUUCAUGUGUUCGUGAUUUGAGUUAUUAUCGUGCUUGGACAAAAAGUGGUAAAUGUAUACAUCCACAAGUAUUAUACAGCAUGCAAAGUGUCAUCGGACGGAUGGCUGCUGGUCAAGUGCAUGAAAUGUUAUCUAACGAAGAAUGCGGAUUUAGCGAAAAUGGUGAAGUAGUAGCACCUAUGUCAUUUGUUAUUCAUUCUGUCGAAUCUUCAGUUAAAAGUAAAAUAACAGCAGCAUUAAGAAUAGAUUUAAUGACUCAACAAAAUGGUUUUGAUGCAAAUAUGUGUACUGGGUUAGCUUUAUUAGCAACCACACAACAUGCUGGAAAUUUUACAGACAGCUAUGCCAGAUUGCAUUACCUUAAAGAAUUAUUCAAAUUAAAUGGUAUUAAUUUUGAAUUUUUGUAACCAUUUUGCAUUGAAAUAAGUUCUGCAAAUCGAAUUCCUGAUAAAAACAAUUUUUUCCAAGUG